GCCGUACAAAGAACAACUGUUCCGUCGCCAAGUAAAGGCUCGGGUAGCGGUCUCUUGUAUAUUACAGUUGCUUGCUGCCUUGCCCUGGACAUUUCAACAGUGAAUGAAUGGCUCAACAGCGAUCACGAUGGACACCGACAACCUCAAGGUCAUCAAGCUGCUCAUGAUCGGUCCUUCUGGAGCCGGGAAAUCAGCACUGUUGAUCAGAUACUGCGACGACCAGUUCGACCCGGAAUCCUCGACGGCCACUAUCGGCGUUGACUUCAAGGUGAAGAAGCUUUCGGUGCGAGGCACUUCGUAUCGCCUGAACCUCCUCGAUACUGCGGGCCAAGAACGAUUCCGGACUCUCUCGAACAGCUAUUACCGCGGCGCCCACGGCGUCAUCCUCGUGUAUGAUAUUUCCAACCGGGACAGCUUCCUGUCCAUGGGUCGGUGGUUUGAGGAAGUCCAGAACAACUCUAUGCCUGGGACGAUUACAUACUUGGUCGGGAGCAAGCUGGACAAAGAGGCGUCGAGAAAGGUCAGCGCCUCGGAGGGAGAGGCACUUGCGUCUAUCCACGGCGCGCAGUUCUGCGAGGUCAGUUCGAAGACCCGGGAGAAUGUGCGGAAGCCGUUCGUAGAAAUCGUUGAUACUAUCGUCUCCACGCCGGGGUUGGUAGAGCAGACACAGCGGGAUUCAAGUGGUAUCACCUUGGGCAAUGCGGCGUCACAGAUUUCUUCCGGAUGUCCAUGUUGAGACGUCGAUGAAGACGUCGGCUGGUCAGAUAUAUUUUUUAUCUACAAGUAUUAUACACUUUCCGCCCUCAAACAUCCAUUUACAAUGGUUUGUUGCGGCGUAGUUUCUAGAUUCUACCCUUCCAAGCUAUCCUUGAGGUAUAAUCGAAUACCCAAGUUCUUCUAAUUCUCCUUGUCUUCGCCAAGGAACUCUACGACAGCUGAUGGGCGUUAAUAACUAGAGAUGGUCUUUGGUUGGAUACGAGACAUACCUUGUCUAAAUAACUCGGGCUUCUCUGCAAUGACCCAGUGGCCGGAAUCAAUAUCGACCAGUCGAAAUCGAGGAAAGAAGCGCCCAAUGAUGGGAAUAGCUUCGUCUGGAAUAUACGGGCUUUGGGUGCCCCGAACGAAUAGGGCGGGCUUUUCAAAGCGGACUUCGUCAGGAUUUCUGUAUGGGAAAUCGCCUAGAUGACCGAGGGAGAGAGCCAAUGUUUUCAAGGAGAAUUUGAAUUUCUGCGUCUUCUCGUUUGGAGGACGAUGCAGAUUCCCAAGGAGAAAUUGUCUGAUGACAAGAGACUGCGUGAUAGUUAGCAGCUAGAAUGGGCCGGACCAAUUCAUGGCUCAAUGAUACUUUCCUCUUCGUAGUCCUUUAGAAUUUCAUCGGCUUCUGAUAGCCUCGUUACGCCAG